ACAUUACAAAAUAAAAAUAAAAAUAAAUAAAUAUAUAGUAAUAAUACGAGUGAGUACAGAGAGAGAGAGAGAGAGAGAGAGACCGCCAACCAGAAAUUCGUUUUCAAAACAGUAAUACAUUCUACAUGCUCAGAGAGAGAGAGAGAGAGAGAGAGAGAGAAUGGCUGUCGAUGAAAUAUCGGAGGCCGAAACUCCGCUAAUUGAUGACGACAUCAUUCGGGGAUCCGUUGACUUCAGCGGCCUUCCGGCCCGCCGGUCAAAAUCCGGCUGCUGGAAAUCCGCUACUUUCAUCAUAGGAGUGGAGGUGGCGGAGAGGUUUGCUUAUUACGGAAUAAGUUCGAAUUUGAUUAGCUAUUUGACCGGACCGUUGGGACAGUCGACCGCCACGGCGGCGGAGAACGUCAAUGCCUGGAACGGAGCGGCGAUGCUUCUGCCUCUUCUCGGCGCUUUCGUCGCCGACUCCUUUUGGGGCCGAUAUCGCACCAUUAUCAUUGCCUCUCUCGUCUACGUCUUGGGUCUUGGAUUAUUGUCUCUGUCAGCUGCACUUGAUUCACUCAACUCCAAAAACAAUGCAAAUAAGAACUCAGCUUCUCCAUUGCAAGUCACCAUCUUCUUCAUCUCCUUAUACUUAGUAGCACUCGCGCAAGGAGGGCACAAGCCGUGCGUACAAGCGUUCGGAGCCGACCAAUUCGACGAACACGACGAAAAGGAGCUCAAGGCAAAACAUUCAUUCUUCAAUUGGUGGUACUUUUCGAUGAACGGAGGUAUUUUAGUAGCCCUCUUGGUUGUCAACUACAUUCAAGAAAAUCUCAGUUGGGAACUCGGCUUCGGAAUCCCCUGCAUCGUCAUGUGCUUUGCCCUAAUCAUUUUCUUGAUGGGGUCUACCACUUAUCGGUUUCGUAUGAGCACGGAUCAAAGGAAUCCGUUUGUCAGAAUUGGACGCGUUUUUGUUAGUGCAGCAACAAAUUGGAAGGAAACCAAAUACAAGUUUCUCGACAAAGACGAGAAUGUAUUAAGAGAUGUUGCCGAUGCGAAGGCAAUCAUUAGACUCGUUCCAAUAUGGUCCUCGUGUUUGGUGUACGCAAUCGUCUCAUCGCAAAUCUCGACUCUAUUCACCAAACAAGGCGCUACGAUGGACCGUCACAUAACCAACGGAGGAUUCAAAAUCCCAUCCGCUUCACUUCAAUCUCUAAUCAGUGUAUCGAUCAUAACAUUCAUUCCUAUCUACGACCGAGUUUUGGUCCCCGUAGCAAGAUCCAUAACCAAGAAACCAGCCGGCAUAUCGAUGCUCCAAAGAAUCGGGACAGGGGUAUUCUUGUCAUUUGCAUCGAUGGUCAUCGCAGCGCUUGUAGAGAAAAAACGGCUCGCAACAGCUGUCGAGCACGGAUUGGUCGACGAAUUGAUAGUGCCGAUGAGUGUGUGGUGGCUUGCACCACAGUAUGUAGUGUUUGGUGUUGCUGAUGUUUUUACAAUGGUUGGUCUGCAGGAAUUUUUUUAUGACCAGAUUCCUAGUGAAUUGAAAAGUAUUGGACUUGCUUUGUACCUUAGUAUAUUUGGUGUGGGGAGUUUUUUGAGUAGUUUUUUAAUAUCUUUUAUUGAGAAGGUGAGUGGGGGGGGUGGGGGUGGGGGGUGGUUUUCGGACAAUUUGAAUAGAGGACACCUGGACUAUUUCUAUUGGCUGCUGGCUGGGCUUAGUGGUGUUACUGACUUGUUGGAUGCCGAAACUCCGCUACUGGACGACGCCGUCCGGGGCUUCGUUGACUUGAAAGGUCGGCCCGCCGUCCGGUCAAAGUCCGGUUGCUGGAAGUCAGCUUCUUUCAUCAUCGGUGUUGAAAUGGCGGAGAGAUUUGCUUACUAUGGAAUAAGUUCAAAUCUGAUCAUCUACUUAACCGGCCCAUUGGGCCAAUCCACCGCAACCGCGGCGGCGAACGUGAAUGCGUGGUCCGGCACGGCGUUUCUCUCUCCACUUGUCGGUGCUUUCAUCGCCGACUCAUUCUGGGGCCAAUACCGUAGCAUCGUUAUCGCCUCUCUUGUUUACAUCUUGGGACUUGGUUUAUUGACACUAUCAGCAGCACUUCGUUCAUCAAUCUCUUCUCAGCUUCAAGUCAUCUUCUUCUUCCUCUCUUUGUAUUUAGUGGCAUUAGCACAAGGAGGGCACAAGCCAAGCGUACAGGCUUUCGGAGCUUACCAAUUCGAUGAAGAAAACGAAAGAGAGCGUAAAGCCAAAAGCUCGUUCUUCAACUGGUGGAACUUUUUCUUGUCGACCAGUGUUUUAAUCGGUCUCCUGGUUUUGAGCUACGUUCAAGAAAAUCUUAGCUGGGAACUCGGCUUCGGAAUCCCCUGCAUUGUCAUGUGUUUUUCACUCAGUAUUUUCUUGCUCGGAUCAAUGACCUAUAGAUUUCGUAUAAACAACGAUCAGAGGAAUCCAUUUGUCAGAAUUAUCCGUGUUUUUGGCGAAGCAGCCAAAAAUCGGAAUAUUUUUCUCGAUAAGGUGAUGAUCGAGCCCAAUGAUCAAAAGGGCUUGGAGUCGAAAAAUUGUAGCAUCAACGACAUCGAAGAUGCAAAGGAAAUUGUUCGUCUUGUUCCAAUACUGCUCACAUGUUUAACAUACACGGUUGUGUAUGCACAAUCGACAACUCUAUUCACAAAGCAAGGAGCCACAAUGGACCGUUACAUAUCCAGCAGCUUCCAAAUUCCAUCGGCCGCACUCCAAUCUUUCACACCCGCUACACUAGUUGUCUUUAUCCCAAUCUACGAUCGAGUUGUAGUUCCAAUUGCAAGAGCCAUAACGAGAAAGCCGUCGGGCAUAUCUAUGCUCCAACGGGUUGGCUCCGGAUUGUUCCUAUCCGUUGUUUCGAUGGUUGUCGCGGGUUUCGUCGAGCGGAAGCGUCUAGAAGCUGCUAUAGAAAACGGGCUUUCUGCUUCGCCGAACGGAACUGUGCGGAUGAGUGUGUUUUGGCUGGCUCCACAGUUCUUGAUUCUCGGAGUUGGUGAUGUGUUAACACUGGUCGGGUUACAAGAGUUUGUGUACGAUCAGUUUCCGGUUGAUUUGAAGAGCAUGAGUUUUGCUGUGGGUCUUGGUUUAGUUGGCAGUGGAAGCUUCUUAAGCAGUUUUCUUAUAUCUGCCAUUGAUAAGUUUACUAAGGGAAAUGGUGGAGAGAGUUGGUUUUCGGAUGAUUUGAAUAAAGCGCAUCUUGAUUAUUUCUAUUGGCUGCUUGCUGGAGUAAGCGCGUUUUCAUUUAGCGCUUAUGUUUAUUUCGCGCGGUCUUAUAUUUAUAGCACGAGAAUCGCUGUUUGAAAAACUGCAUUUUAUUAUUGUAUGGGCCUUUUGCAUUUCAUGAUUGGGCCGGGCCGGGCCGGUUAGAGUUACUGGGCCUGUAAGUAAUGUAAUCUCUUUUUUGUUUAGUCAACGGCCUGUAAUUUAAUCCGAACUCGAAAGUCAACUUUUUUGAAAGAUGAGUGAAAUUAUGGGUUAACUUAUUCGUUCGAUUUGAUUGAGAAAAAUCCAAUUGUGUUAUUAGAAUUAUGAAU